ACUUGUACGUUCACGGAAUUUACGGUGGCCGGUUAGUGCAUGAGACUAGCGCAAGCCAAGGAGCAAGGACGUACUGUACAAGGGCAAAGAUGCAGCCGGUCGAGUCUCUCCUCCACAGUGGCUAUUUCCACCCAACUCUCAGAUACUGGCAGACCUGUGCCUCAGACUUGAGACCUGAGAACCUCAUCUACCCCAUCUUCGUCACUGACAGUCCUGAUGCUGUGGAGCCCAUCGCUAGUCUACCUGGCCAGGCCAGAUAUGGAGUGAAUAAACUGGAGGGCAUGCUUCGCCCCCUUGUGGAGAAGGGCUUGAAGUGUGUGCUGAUUUUCGGAGUGCCUGCGAAAAUCGCUAAGGAUGAGAGAGGUUCGGGUGCAGACACAGACGAUACUCCGGCAGUGUUGGCUGUGAAGCAGAUAAAGUCUAUUUUCCCUGACCUGCUGUUGGCCUGCGACGUCUGCCUCUGUCCCUACACCUCACAUGGACACUGUGGAAUCUUGCGAGUGGAUGGCACUCUGGACAAUGGUGCCAGUUGCCAGCGUCUGGCAGAAGUGGCAUUGGCCUAUGCCCGCGCUGGCUGUCACAUCAUUGCACCCUCUGAUAUGAUGGAUGGGCGAGUGGGAGCCAUCAAACAAUCGCUGAUGUCCAAUGACAUGGGCAACAAGGUGUCAGUGCUGAGCUACAGUGCCAAGUUUGCUUCCUGUUACUAUGGUCCCUUCAGAGAUGCAGCACAAUCCAAGCCAGCAUUUGGAGACAGGCGCUGUUAUCAGCUGCCCUCCGGUGCAAGGGGCCUGGCACUACGAGCUGUGGACAGAGAUGUCAAGGAGGGAGCAGAUAUGCUGAUGGUGAAGCCAGGACUGCCCUAUCUGGACAUAGUAAGGGAGGUCAAAGACAAGCACCCCACUCACCCGCUGGCAGUGUAUAACGUGUCGGGGGAGUUUGCCAUGCUGUGGCAUGGGGCCCAGGCUGGCGCUUUUGACCUGCGCACCGCUGUACUGGAGUCUAUGACUGCCUUCCGCAGGGCAGGUGCUGACAUCAUCAUCACCUACUACACACCUCAACUGCUCACCUGGCUGAAAGAGUAACAGACAGAAGGAUGGACAUAGAGAUGGAUCAUGCAGCAAACUCCUUUUUACUUAACUGUGCAAGGCUGAACUACACUGACAAAUGGGGUCUAUUCAAACCAAACUGACGUGAGAACAGGCAAUCUAUCUUCAUACAUUAAUUUACAGUUUUUUUCUAUAUAACAUUGUUACUUCAUUUUUAUUUAUUUGUUUGUGUGCAGCAACCACAAAUUCUCACCAAAGAUGGGAGUCUUGUAGCUAGUAGCCACUUUUGUAAAGCGUAUCAAAUUAGCUUUGAAUGGUUUGUCUAAUGUUAGAUUAAUUUUUUUAAAUAUAAAAUCUGUUGAUUGUCUUGUUGGUUUAUGGCCAUUUUUUUUUACUAUUCUAUAGUUUUCUAAAUAGAGUAUCAUGGAUAUAGGCCUUUAUUUGACUUUUUAUAGUUUGUUCUUUGACAUCUGUAAUAGCUCUGGCUUUAGCACUGAUAUUUAGCAGUGGUUGUAAGGUUGGGUUAAGAAACCUGUAAAGCUCUUAUUUACCAGGGUAAAUGGUCCUGUCCAAGAAAAGAGAUUUGUUGGAUAACAGCAAUAAAGCUACAAUAGAGUCUGAAA